AUGAAUAAAGAGGAUCCGUUAGCCGACAUGCCCAAGGAGCGCGAAGACAUCAUCAAAAGCAAAAAAGCCACAUAUGAGAUACUGGAAAUACUCGGAAAAGGAUCAUUCGGAGCAGUGUUUCGGGUUCGGCGACUAGAGGACAAUAAAGAACUAGCGAUGAAAUGCGAAUCAUAUAAAGUUAAGAAGCAGGUAUGCACUAAAGAAUUAGAUGGAGGAAGAAAAAUGUGA